AUGGUUAAUGGCCUCACAGGAGCACUCUCGCUUGUCCUGCUACUUCAAAACCUUGUAGAGCCCAUAAAACACAAAAGCACGAAUUGCUAUGUACACAUGCAUAAUAAUGUCAAUAGGAACAACUUGGUCAACAGAGAAACGAGGGAAGCAUACCAGAGUAGCCUACAGGGGGGCAGUAAUAUCCUUCAUCAGAGUUACAGGAACAGGUAUGUGCCGCUGUUCGUGUCCAAGGGAACCGAGCUGUUAAACUCGUUUUUUAAGAAUAACAGGCGGGGAAGCAGACACAACUCGACGAACAUUUCGAAGAGCGGGAAGAAGAGUGCGCCCUCUUCGUUUAAUGAGAGUGGGUCCUCGCGCGCCACUAGAAGCGGGUCUUCACAUGGGCGAAAAUGGGACCCAAGCAAGUGCACCACGCGGGAGAAGUACUCUGAGCGAAAGAGCGCCGUUGAAGAAGUAGCAGAUGAAUCGCCUAACCGCUUCAGCGACGGCCAGCGGAGCAGCUUCAGCGACGACCAGGGGAGAAGCCCCAGUAACCACCGGCCGAGCAGCCUUAGCGACCACACGGAUGAAGGCUUUACCAGUGUCGCAUCCAAUGAGCACCACAGCGGGAACCACAGCCCAGGGAAAAGCCACCACCCGAGGAAUAUGGCCAAUGAAAGUGGGAACAGCGACGAUAACCCCUAUUUGAAUAAAGCUAGCUACAACCCAGGGGAGAUGCCCGAUGUGUUUUCAAAUUGGGACGUUGCCAAGGCGAGUGUAAGAAGGGAAAAAAACGUACAACACAAUUUUACUUUUAUGAUGGACCUGAUUAAGGAAUCCUCCUCCAUGCACUCCAAGAGUGACGAUGUGAUGAUUCCGCAGAACCGUUCUGGAGAUGUUCUAAAGGAUGGUAGACGGUUGCACAAAGGGAACGUAAAAAAGAGGAAGAAACAUCUGAAUAGGCUGUACUACAGUUUUAGGGGCCAGAAUGAUUUUCUCUCGCGAAAGGGGGGCUCCCACGCGGGGGAUGAUCAAAGUGGAGAGAGGUUUUACGCAUAUCGGGGAGACCAUCAGGCAGGUGCCCACACCAGUGAUGUGUGCCACAUCCCAGUAGGGGACUCUCCCGAACAGCAAAAAGAACCAACCGUGUUGCAGCGAAAUCCGCACCGUACUAAAGCGCACAGCUGGAAUAGCAGCGCUAUCGAUACUGCCCCUCCUGCCAGUCGCCCGAACGACCCCGCCGACUUCCCAACGUACGAAGAAAAACAAAGGGCGAAGGAAAAGGCCCACCAGGAAUACACAACAUACAUAGAAGAGAGAAGGUACCCAUAUUUUAAUUUCGCAAAAGAGAAAAAUGGAAAGAUAAUAAAAAAACUGCUAAUUGCAAAUAACGGAAUGGCAGCAAUGAAGUGCAUCUUGUCCAUAAAGGAAUGGCUCUUUAAAACUUUCUCAGAGGAAAAUUUAAUUAAAAUCAUAGUGCUAGCCACAGAGGAAGAUAUUUCAAGCAAUGCCAAGUACAUUUCGUUGGCCAACAAAGUUAUAAAGGUACCUCCUGGGAAAAACUGCAACAAUUACGCCAAUGUGCCGCUAAUCGUGGAAGUGGCGAAAAAGGAACAAGUGGAUGCCGUCUGGCCAGGAUGGGGACACUGCUCGGAAAAUCCGCUACUCCCCACCAUGCUGGAAAGAGAAAACAUCAUUUUUAUAGGGCCAACUGGAGAUGUAAUGGAAGCUUUAGGAGACAAAAUAUCUGCCAAUAUCCUCGCGCAGAGUGUAAAUGUACCCGUUGUAAAAUGGAGUGGAGAUAGCAUCCGAAUUGAUAAUUUUGAUAGCAAAAUUGGGGAAGAUGUAUACAAUAAAUCUACCAUACAUUCGUUAGAUGCUUGCAUAAAGGAGUGCCAACGGAUUGGGUACCCUGUGAUGAUAAAGGCAUCUCAAGGAGGGGGGGGGAAAGGCAUUCGGAAAGUAGAGAACGAGGCAGAAAUAAAGAAAGCGUAUGAACAAGUGCAGAUGGAACUACCCAACUCGCCAAUCUUUUUAAUGAAAGUCUGUAGCAACGUUAGACACAUCGAAAUACAAGUCGUCGGAGAUAUGUAUGGCAAUGUGUGUUCCCUAAGUGGAAGAGACUGCACGACCCAAAGGAGGUUCCAAAAAAUUUUUGAAGAAGGGCCCCCCUCAGUUGUUCCUCCGGAUAUCUUCCGCGAAAUGGAAAAGGCAUCCAUACGUCUGACGAAAAUGAUAAAAUAUAGGGGUGCGGGGACGAUUGAGUAUCUGUAUGACCAGGAGAAGCAGACUUAUUUUUUUCUCGAGUUGAAUCCUCGGCUGCAGGUGGAGCACCCCGUUUCGGAGGGAAUCACCGACACGAACCUGAUUUCGAUACAGCUGCAGGUGGCCAUGGGGGUUCCCCUCCAGAACAUUGACGACAUCAGGAGGUUGUACCGCAUAGGGGGGGGGAGUAGCGGCCAUAGCGUCCAUAGCGUCCAUAGCGGUGGUAGCGGUGGUAGUGUCAGCGGCGGUGGUAGUGUCUGCAGCGGUGGUAGUGUCUGCAGCGGUGGUAGCGAACGGGGGAGCCAAACUAAGGAGUGCGCCCCCCCGCGCGCGGAGCAGGCGGACGCGUUCGACUUCUACAACCACCGGCCGCACGUGCGCAACCACGUGAUUGCCGCGAGAAUCACAGCGGAAAAUAGCAACGACAGUUUUAAGCCCACGUCGGGAAAGGUACAAAGAAUCCAUUUCCAAAACGCGAAGGACGUGUGGGGGUACUUCUCAAUCAAUGACGGGUCCGUACAUGAAUUUUCCGAUUCACAAAUUGGGCACAUUUUUGCAAAGGGAGAAACGAGGGAAGUAGCCAGAAAAAAUCUAAUCCUCUCAUUAAGGAAGCUAAACAUAGAAGGGGAAAUAAAAACAGGCACAAGGUACUUGGCAAAAAUUUUAGAAUGCAAACCUUUUAUUCAAAACAACAUAACGACCAAUUGGCUGGACACAAUAAUUGAAAAGAAGAAAAAUAUCUAUUACAGCGCAGUGCACAUAAUAAUUUUAUGCGCAACGAUAUUUAAGCUGCUCAUUUAUUUUACCAAGGAAAAAGAAGAUAUAGAAGAUGCGCUAAGUAGAGAGGACAUUGGCAUUAAAUCACAGGGAGAUUCCCCCGCUAACUUGAAGAGGGAGGUAAAAAAGGCCUACACAUUUGACCUCGUAUUUGAAAAUGUGAGGUACAAUUUUAAGGCCCAUAAUACAGGGGAGAAUCUUUAUACUCUAAAAAUUAACGGGCAGGAAAUAGAAGUGCUAGCCGACUACGAUAAGAAGAAUAAUAAAAUUUUCGCCAGCUUUUUCAACCACACGUAUUUGUAUACAUGCUCGGAAGAUAGCUUAGGUAUUCAUAUGCACCUGGAAAAGGACAGCAUUUUUAUCCCCAAGAUGAGCAACCCAUUUCAUUUGGUGUCCAAUACGAAUGGGAAAAUUGUAAAAUAUUUGAUUAAGGAUGGGGAGAAGGUAGGGAAGAAUGAGGACUACAUAGAAGUAGAGGCCAUGAAAAUGAUUAUGACUUUUAAGUCUACAGAGAAGGGCAUACUCAGGCACAGGAUGUCCGAGGGCACCAUCGUCAAAGUGGGGGACCUCCUGGGAGUGAUUGAGCAAACCUCUCAUGGUAGCGGCACUCAUCCGGGAGAGCAAAACGAAAUUAAAACUUUUACAGGUCAUUUGGACUUGUCCAAUAAGUACGCCUACGAAUUGGAAGAAGCGAGUCGACUGACGCACCCCCUCGGUUUUGUCGCCACGGAUAGGUCUACGGAAGGCAUCUGGCCGAUUGGCGAUCAAGACGCGGGGAAAAGUCACUCUCAUAUGGACGAUGCAAAUCGGGGCGAGGAAGACACACCGACGGUUGCGCCAAACAAUGCGCGAAGUGAAACGCAUCGCCUGAGUGAACAUACCGGGGGAACACACGUCGUGGAGGCCCCCAAGUUGGAGGAUUCCUCCUCCUUUUCCUCCUUCGAACAGGAUGAAGUGUCAUCCAGGGAGAGAAUCACCAAGAACCGGCUAUUCCUAAAGCAGAAGAAAAAUAUAUUUCGCUUAUUUGCGAGCAAACGGGGCAGCGAUAAAGGAGAGCACACCGCGGCGAGUUACCUGAACGAGAAAUUUAACUCCGUCAAGGCGUACCUCACCAGUUUGAGCUCGUCCAGCGCCAGCUCGGCGGCUCCCACGAGCGCCAGCACGAGCGUCAAGGUGGGAGAGGAGGAAGUGGAGGAAGCGGCAGAUGUGGAAGCAGCGGUGGAGGAAUCGGCAGAGGCAGCCGCGGAGGCAGCAGAUGUGGAAGCCGCGCAGACGAACAAGUCGUGCGCUAAUGGACUGUCCAGGGCGCACACAGUGAAUGACGAGUCUGGAAGUGCCAACCGGGGGAGCAGCUCCACCGGUCUGAACUCAACCUGCCAGAACUCUCUGACGAGCGAGAGGGGGGACCGCAACGACCACCUGUCGAGCGAAGUUGUGUCCACGAGGAAUGCCUCCAAUGAGAAGGCGUCCAACGCGGGCACCCUCAGUUGGGGCGCGGCGCACAGGGGGUCGUCAGCAGGGGCAUCAGCAGGUGCGUCAGCAGGGGAAUCAGCAGGAGUAUCAGCAGGAGCAUCACCAGGAGCAUCAGAAGGCACCUCUAAAUGCACCUCGAACAGUUGCACCCAAGUGGGGGGGGACUCCCCGGGAGUGGCUUCUCCGAGUGGUCACCCGAGCGGCAACCCCAACACCGGCGAAGACCUCAGAAGAAACCAAUUCCUGUUGGACAUCCCCAAUAUGAAGAGGAUAGAAUACUUGCUGAAGGGGUACGAGCAGGACUACCAACAGUGCUUCAACGAAUUGGUGAAAGAAAAAAAAAACCUCAACCGUGAGUUUGCGUAUAUCCUAGACAAAUUCGUAGAGUACAAUUCCCUUUUUGCCCAAAAGGAAAACAUCACGCAGGUAGAAGCGUAUGACAUUCUACACACCAUGGUUAAAAACGAGAAGAAAAAAAACUACGAAAUUGCCCAUGCGUAUACGUACAACUAUUUGAGCAUAAAAUUUGUGGAGCUCGUUUUGAAAUAUUUACUGGACAGUGGGUUGACCCCGCUCAGUGAGAUGCCACAGGACCUCCUAGACAAGCUAAAAGUGAUAUCAUCCCUUAGGGGGAAAUGUUUCGGCAACGUCAUUUUGCUAGCCAGGGCGAUAGUACACAUCGUGGAACAUACGCGCUUGGUUAAGCUGGUAAAAUGUGCCUUAGAGGAUAGGAAUGCCACUUUUGAUGAACAAAUUAACCAACUGGAGGAGCUCUUAAAGAUGAAGCAGCGAAUCUUUGCACAUUCGAAAUUGGGGAAACUUCCAAUGGGUGCAUCUUCUCCCUCGAGCAGCUAUGGGAACCACUGCGAACGUGUGGUGAAUGCAUUUUUGGGAAGCCCCUCGGAUGUACACAUGUUCCUUCCGUCGCUUUUUACGCAAGAAAAUAAAAAGGCACUCUUAGAAAUAUACGCUCGCAAUUUAUAUACCCACUUUGAUGUGAAAGCAGAGCUAGUGGGGGAGGACUGCCUGAAAUUUUUUAUAAACAAUUCGGAAGAAGAAAAUUUACUCCUCCUAAAUGAGAGAAAUAGGGUAGAUGUAGAUGAGCUGAUUUCCAAAGGGGGGAUCAACCCCACUGGUGGGCUCAUAAACAGCAUUCACAUUAUUAACCGAAAUGGGAAUUUCCUUAAUGACUAUGAAGGGGGUAUAGAGCAUAUAAAGAAAAGGUGUAAGCAUUUGUACGUUUAUCACUACUUUGGGGAGAGCUAUGGGGAUGUUUACGAGUGGGUAGGAGAGGGAGACCCCGGGGAGGAGCUCCAUUGGCGGCAAAGCAAAAACGAACUACCACACCGCAGGACAAAUCUGCUGCCCUACCAAAGGUAUAUCCUCUCCUUCGAAAGGAACCGCCAAAAUUACGAUUUAGAAAAUGUAGAUGAGAAAAUAUUUAAAGGGACCAAGGUAUUCCUGGGGAAGUACAAAAAGAACAACAAAAUAGAGUCUCUGUUUGCAGAGAGGGUGAUCCAUUUGAGUGAGCUUCCAGAGAGUGGAGCGUCUGAACUGAGGGAAACUCCCCCAAAAGGGGGGAACACCCUGGGGGAGCAGAACCGGUUGGAAGACGCCCUCGCGGAGGAGUUCCAAGAAGCGGUGAAGGACGUAGCAAUAGCUAGACUGAACCCGAAGGUGCAAGACGCAAAGGUGAGCAGCUACAUAACCUACCAUGUGGUGCUGGAAGAGGUGAAGGGGAAGGACGAAUUGGACGUAAUUGUAGAGGCGCUGAAGAACUUCCUCAAUAGGCAUAACGAGAUGCUUCUAGAAAAUUACGUGAACGAUGUGUACGCCUGUGUGUACAGAAAGGGAGGCGAAUCUGCGAAGGGGCGACCCCAAUUGGCACCGCAAAAGGUAUUCAGACUGCACGUCCUCUUCGACGGAGAAAGUAACGUCAUCGAAGAGGUUGAAGGUGUCCCCCCGUUUGAUGUUGACGCGUUGUACUUAAAAAGGAAGAGGGCUAGAGAGAUAGACACGUUAUAUGCCUACGAUUUUGUUAAGGUUAUAAAUAUCUCCCUAAACAGGAUGAACGGAGGCGGGCCCGGGGAUCUGUUCACGUAUGUGAACAGCGUCAGGGAGUUCAGGCUGGACUUGGAGGCGCUUCAGGGGGGGAACACCACAAAGGAGGGUCACACCACAAAGGAGGGUCACACCACAAAGGAGGGUCACACCACAAAGGAGGGUCACACCACAAAGGAGGGUCACACCACAAAGGAGGGUCACACCACAAAGGAGGGUCACACCACAAAGGAGGGUCACACCACAAAGGAGGGUCACACCACAAAGGAGGGUCACACCACAAAGGAGGGUCACACCACAAAGGAGGGUCACACCACAAAGGAGGGUCACACCACAAAGGAGGGUCACACCACAAAGGAGAGUCACACCACAAAGGAGGGUCACACCACAAAGGAGAGUCACACCACAAAGGAGAGUCACACCACAAAGGAGAGUCACACCACAAAGGAGGAUGCUACCCGUGCCGAUCUGCUGCUUCCCCGGCAGGACGGCCUCAGCGAAGACGAAGCGAAGAUAAGGAAGGCGCUCCACCUGUCGGACGAGCUAAACGUGGGCCAAAACAAACUGAGCGUGAUCGGCCUGCUGAUGAACGUGAAGACAGACGAGUACAAAGAAGGAAGAGACGUCAUUUUUAUUAUAAAUGAUAUAACGACGCAUGGGGGGUCCUUCAGUGUGGUGGAAGACCAGCUCUUUUACGCCAUAUCUAGCUACGCCAGGGAGAAAAAAAUCCCCCGCAUCUACAUAUCGUGCAAUUCAGGGGCGAGAAUUGGACUCUACAACUUUUUGAUGGACAAAAUUCAAGUGAGUUGGAAAGACGAAGAAAAAAAGGAACUCGGGUAUGACUACAUUUACAUAACAGAAGAGGUGAAAAGUAGGAUAGCCAAAGAGGAUAUCAUUUUUUUGAAGGAAAUUACUCAAAAUGGAGAGAAGAGAUAUAUAGUAGAAGGCAUAGUGGGCAACCUAAACAGUCACAUUGGUGUGGAGAAUCUGCGGGGGAGUGGCCUCAUCGCUGGCGAAACGUCCAAAGCGUAUGAUGAAAUUUUUACCCUCUCCUAUGUUACUGGCAGGAGUGUUGGCAUCGGUGCGUAUCUGGUUAGACUCGGGAAAAGAACCAUCCAGAAAAAGGGCUCUUCUCUUUUGCUAACAGGGUUCAACGCGCUUAACAAAAUAUUAGGGGAAAAGGUCUACGUCAGUAAUGAACAAUUAGGGGGGGUGAAAAUUAUGAUGAGGAAUGGCAUAUCUCAGCUGGAGGCGCAAAAUGAUCAGGACGGUGUGGACAAGAUUUUCAAGUGGCUCUCCUAUGUGCCAAAAACGAGUGACCACUACUACGACGUUAUUGAGAAGGCCCUCGAGGGGAGAAGUGAAAUUAUAAAUUAUGAGCGGGCUAACGGGGAGGAGGCACACAACAUGGUGAGGGAACCCUCCCAGGUGGAGAGCCAACCCACUCCGCAGAAGGAACCUCCAAAAAGUUACUUCCAAAGAAUUAACGAUAUAGAUAUGGAUGGCCUACAAAACGCAGAUAUAGUGGAGCUGAUAAGCGGGACAGACUCAAAGCAGGGGUUCUUAGACAAACAUAGCUACUUCGAAUACAUGAACGAGUGGGGAAAAGGGAUUCUAACCGGGAGGGGGAAAUUGGGUUCCAUCCCCGUAGGAGUUAUAGCCGUUAACCGAAAUUUAGUAACGCAGGUUACUCCGUGCGACCCAGCACUGAAAACCAAAGCAGUGAGGUCCACACACGCACCAUGUGUUUUUUUCCCUGAUAAUUCAUACAAAACGGCUCAAUCGAUUGAGGAUUUUAAUAAAGAAAAUUUACCCCUCUUCGUUUUUGCCAAUUGGAGAGGUUUUUCAGGUGGCACCAUGGAUAUGUUUAACAGCGUUUUAAAAUUCGGCUCAAUGAUUGUUAACCAGUUGGUUAAUUACAAGCACCCCGUUUUCGUGUACAUCCCGAUUUUUGGGGAGCUGAGAGGUGGGUCGUGGGUCGUCGUGGACGAAACGCUAAAUAGCCAAAUCAUCGAGAUGUAUGCGGACACGAACAGUAAAGGCGGCAUUUUGGAGCCACCAGGCAUUGUCGAGGUGAAGUUCAGGCUGCCCGAAAUUAGGAAGCUCAUGCACGGGAUUGACUCGUCUAUAAUUGCCCUGGACGAGCGGCUGGCGGAGGCGCAGGAGCCUGACGACGUGUCCAGAAUAAAACAAGAAAUCGAGGAGAAGGAAAAGGAGCUGCUGCCUUUUUAUUUGCAAGUGUGCCACCGAUACGCAGAUCUGCACGAUGUGUCCAAAUGCAUGAAGUCCAAGGGGGUGAUCAGGAAAAUCGUUCCUUGGGAGAAGGCCCGCUCCUUCUUUUACUACCGCCUCGUGCGGCGCCUGCUGAUGAGCACGCUGAGCAAAAAAUACGGAACCGCUCUAACCCAAAGCGAAGAAUUCAAGAAGCUCACCAGCGACAUCGCCUCCUCGGACGAAGAGGACUACGAGGUGUGCAGGAGAAUUUUAAAUGAAAGCACUCUGAGGGAUAUAGAGCGGCUAACGCAGGACCUGCAGCACCGGAAGACGCUGGACGAGUUUUACAGGGCCUUUCAAAGCUUGCCCCCCCAGCAGAGGAGGGAACUCUUUAGCAAGCUGAGUUCGCACGAGUAG